AUGGUUGCAAAGAGUCCAAGGAAUGCAGCUAUUGUUCCUCAAAGUUCACCAGCUAAGCAAGUGGCAGAAAGAUCAAAUGUUGUUCCUAAUAGCACUUCUUUAAUUCCUACUAAGCUGCUAAAGAUUCCAAGGAAUACAAAUGAUGUUCAUCAUAGUUCACCUGCUAAGAAAGUGGCAGAAGAGUCAAAUGCUAUUCCUAAGAGCAUCUCUUUAAAUCCUACUAGGCAACUACAGGAGGCUAGGAGAACUGGUCCUGAGAGGGUGAUUUGUAAUCAGAUUCAAGGAAGGGAAAACUUAAGACUAAGCAAACCUUCCCGGGAUAAGGUCCAAGGUCAGACUGACGAUAAGCAACCUGCAACAAGAUAG